AGGUAGCAUCUUCUACUCUUGUCCCCUUGUGCUCACACCUGUUUUCUGCACGGUGCUCUCUAUGUUCACAUGAGGAGAGGAGAAGAACAAUCCCUUCUCCGGCUCUCCAUACCAAUAAAUAUAGUCACAUACUGCUGCAUCGUCUCCAUCUAGUAGUGGAGGAAGAGGAGAAAGGGGUAGCAGUCAGCCAUGGCGGCGGCCAAGCCCAUCCUGUACGGCGCCUGGAUCAGCUCUUGCUCUCACCGUGUCCGGAUCGCUCUCAACCUCAAAGGUGUGGACUAUGAGUAUAAGGCAGUCAAUCCUCGGACAGAUCCAGACUAUGAAAAAAUAAACCCGAUCAAAUACAUACCAGCAUUGGUAGAUGGGGACUUUGUUCUAUCUGAUUCUCUCGCUAUCAUGUUGUAUCUGGAGGAUAAGUAUCCUCAGCAUCCUCUCGUACCUAAAGAUAUCAAAACGAAAGGUCUUGAUCUUCAGAUUGCGAACAUAGUUUGCUCAAGCAUCCAACCUCUCCAAGGCUACGGCGUAAUUGGUUUACAUGAGGGUAGGUUGAGCCCCGAUGAGAGCCUUGAGGUGGUUCAACGUUAUAUUGACAAGGGCUUCAGAGGCUUUCCUUUUCUCAGACAUUCUUCCAUCAUAUGCGACAGAGAUAUGUUCAGUUGUGCUGUCCUGACAAUCGAAAAGCUUUUGGAUGGAUGUGACAGCAAAUAUUGCGUUGGAGAUGAAGUCCAUUUGGGAGAUGUGUGUCUAGCCCCACAGAUCCAUGCCGCCAUCAAUCGCUUCCAGAUUGAUAUGACGAAGUACCCAAUAUUGUCGCGACUUCACGACGCAUACAUGAAAAUUCCGGCAUUUCAAGCUGCACUGCCCCAGAAUCAGCCAGAUGCACCUUCAGCAAAAUAAUCAAGAAAUCAAGCCAGUUACAACUAUAUGCGUGUAAUUUAUGCAAUAAUGAGGAAUGUAGUAGUCUGCAAUUGAAGAACCUCUCAUAAGUCAUAACUUGCUCCCUCCGUCCAGGUGCAUAGGGCAUCUAAUGAAAAUUUAGUAUUCCAAAUAUAUAAGUCACCAUGCGUGGAAGAAGCUCCUCUACAUGCCAUGCCGAGCUGCCGGCCGGGCUCCGGCACCAUGUAAAUUAAUAUUUAUCGAUUCACCACCAGUGAGAUUCAGCAGAAAAAAAAGGUGAUUUGACGAAUUGACCUGUAUCUAUAACCGAUUUUCUCUC